CCUCACAGAUGUAGCUACUAAAACAGUGUCUCCGUUUGUAUGAGAGAAGUUGACUGAACAGAACGAGACCGUUAGUUCCCAAACCGGAUUUAUGUGGCUGAAUUUGGGCUCGGGACUAUUCAUACCCAAAGUAAAAGGGUGCAUCGGCUGCAUUGGUUGCGAAGUAAAGUGUGUGUUCUGAUUGAUCAAGAUUGUCCAAUCUCCAGUGGAAGAAAGUGGAAAAAGCAUAGAGCUCUCUGUUGGUAAUACACCGCGGAUUGCUCUUGCUGUCUUGGUGGCUCAAAUCGGAGAGGACCGUCCGUGGAGCAAAUACGGAUUAAUCACAGAUGUGUACGAUGUUGAGAAUACAAGCCGUGCUUUGCACUUUCUCAGUGCUCUUUCUUGCAGUUGGAGCAGAUCUGAAAGCGCGAACCUGCAGUGAGGUCAGGCAGGUAUACACCGCUAAAGGCUUCAGUCUCGUUAAUAUCCCCCUCCAGGAAAUAUCAGGUGAGCACCUGCGUAUCUGUGCUCAGGACUACACCUGCUGCACCUCGGAGAUGGAGGAUAAGCUUCAUCAGCAGAGCAAGCAGGAGCUGGAGAAGUUAUUAGAGGAAAACAGCCUCACCUUACGCUCCACCUUCAUGUCACGCCACAAAAACUUUGACGAGUUCUUCCUGGAGCUCCUGGAGAACACGGAGAAGUCCCUGAACGACAUGUUUGUGCGGACGUACGGCAAGCUGUACAUGCAGAACUCGGAGGUCUUCCAGGACCUCUUCACCGAGCUCAAGCGCUACUACACGGGCGGGAACGUCAACCUGGAGGAGAUGCUGAAUGACUUCUGGGCCCGCCUGCUGGAGCGCAUGUUCCAGCUGCUCAACUCGCAGUACCACUUCAGUGAAGACUACCUGGAGUGCAUCAGCAAGUACACCGACCAGCUCAAGCCCUUCGGGGACGUGCCCCGCAAGCUGAAGGCUCAGGUGACCCGGGCUUUCAUCGCUGCCAGGACCUUCGUCCAGGGGCUCAUGGUGGGCCGGGAGGUGGCCAAUAGGGUGUCCAGGGUCAGCUUCUCCCCAUCCUGCAUCCGUGCCCUGACCAAGAUGCUGUACUGCCCAUUUUGCCGAAACCUGCCCUUGGCAAAACCCUGCGGGAACUACUGCCUCAACGUCAUGAAGGGCUGCCUGGCCAACCAGGCUGACCUGGACCCUGAGUGGAACCUCUUCAUCGAUGCCAUGCUGCUGGUGGCCGAGCGGCUGGAGGGCCCCUUCAACAUUGAGGCGGUCAUGGAGCCAAUCGAUGUCAAAAUCUCUGAGGCCAUCAUGAAUAUGCAGGACAACAGCAUGCAGGUCUCAGCCAAGGUUUUCCAAGGGUGCGGUCAGCCAAAACCCUCAGGAAUGGGCCGGUCCGCCCGUGGAAUUUCGGAUGUGUUCAACGCCCGCUUCAGACCUUACAGCCCAGAGGAGCGCCCCACCACUGCAGCUGGCACCAGCCUGGACAGACUGAGGACUGUCUGGAGGACAAUGCAACACAGCGUGAUUGACAUUAAAGAGAAGCUGAAGCAGUCCAAGAAGUUCUGGUCGAUCUUGCCUGUUAGCAUCUGCUCGGACGACAACGUGACGUCCAGCGAGUCCAGCGGGGACCAGUGCUGGAAUGGGCACAGCAAGGGCAGGUAUUUUCCGGAAGUCCUGAAAGAUGGCCUAACCCAUCAAAUUAACAACCCGGAGGUGGAGGUAGACAUCACGCGGCCCGACACGUUCAUUCGCCAGCAGAUUAUGGCACUGAGGGUCAUGACCAACAAACUGAAAAACGCUUACAACGGCAAUGACAUCUACUUCCAGGAUUCCAGUGACGAGGGCAGUGGCUCCGGCAGUGGCAGCGGUUGCACGGAGGCCUGCGUGACGGAGUUUGACUUCCCCAGCACGGAGGCCCCGGCGGUGGGCGCGGACAGAAGCGGCGAACGGGUGCUGGGCUCGGCCCCGGGCCUCGGCCCCUCCCUGGCCCUGGCGGCGGCGCUGGCCCUCACAGCCCUGGCACUGCAGAGGCAGUGCAGAUAAUGCCCGGGGGGGCCGCGUCGCCUCGGACAGCGGGGGCCUCCACCGUCGUGUUCCCGGUCAGACAGGACUACAGCCAUGGCGACCCGAACGAAAGGGUUUGUACAGACGAGUGCAGCGCUCCAUCCCGCUCCCUCCUCCUUCCUCCUUCAGUUUCCCAAAGAGCGCUCGGUGCUGCGAGCUGACAGCUGCGUUCAGGUCAGACUGCUCCCUCCUAAUUCCACAACUCUGUGAAGAUGCUCUGUCUGCAAACCUUGCUUUUCAUUUGUAAUUCUUUUUUUUUUUUUUUUGUUUCAAGAUAUUCUUUCAGAGAGGGGGAAAAUGAAUAUGAAAAAACUAUAUAUUUUUUUUUAUACAAAGCUUAAGGAGACGGUACAAAUGCCUUGAGGUCAGUUAUGUCCCAGUCCAAUUCUGAUGCUCGAAAGGGAAAUGAAUCGUGUCUUACUGUGUGUACCACUGUGAGAAUGCAUGAGUAAAAUCAUCUGUGACAGCUUAGAAGAUAAGAGCUGUCUCUCUAAUUCAGCACUUUUGAUAGGAAGAAUUUAAUGAAGAAUGCAAAAAAUGAAGGAUUGCUCUUAAUGAAUGGCGUUUGGUAUUAUCGUUCACACAAUCUCUCCGAAGGCUCUGUAAACUCAUGCCAUCCAAAUUAAUGUCUCAGCAGCCUACUGAAAAACUGGAUGGUUUCUGUUUAUACAAAUCAGCACCCAUAGGACAUAUAUGCUUUAAAAGCACCUGCAAACUAAAACCAAGAGAGAUGGUGGAUGUGUGGAUAAAAUAUAUAAAAUCUUGUAUUUAUGAAAUAUCUAUUUUAAAUGUUAUGAUUAUGAAGCUACAAUUUUUACUACAUGUAAUGAUAAAAUUGUUGAAUAAUUUAUAUAAUUAAUUUGGCUGCUCUUAUCCAUCAAUAUUUUACACAUGGCACAUUCCCUUCCUUCAAAUAAUGACAGUAAUUUAUUUUCUACUGGUAUUUCACUUUAAACAAAGUCAUUUAUAUUGUUUCUAUGGACAAAGUAGCCAUUGUUUAUUGUAUUGAGAAAUGAAACAUUUCCACCAUCAAAGUUGUUCAUUUGGCUGUGAUGUCAUGGUGUCACAUGAUGCUCCUGUGUGUUCCGUCCUCCAGGAGUACUGCCCCGCCCCUUGGCUCUGAGUAUUCUCUCAGUACUGGGUUUGUGUUGCUCCUAUCGUAACAGACCUGUUAGGGAGCAGGGAGAAUUCUUAUUUCCCCCCCAAAUGCAUCAUGUCACAAGGGACUGCCUUUGCCUCCACUGCCCAGACCAUUAUUUCAUAUGAAGGAACCAUGCUGCUGCCUAACACUAAUGACAAGAUGGAAGCCGGAUAAAUUAGUUUGAGUGUUAAUCAUCUAUUUUUUUAAUCAAAGAGGUGAGCUUUUAUCUAUUAGCUCUGGGCUGACUCCAUAACAUGCAAUGUGUUUUGUUUUAUUUAGUUUUGCUUCUAAAUUAUCGCUGUUUUGUUUUGUUAUAUUGGCUAAGGGAAAAUGUGUCAUGGCUACAGGCAUUCUGAGAAAAGUGCUAAAAUAUGCUAAACAAGAUGGAACACAAAACCGAGAAUGCAGUUGAAGAAACACAAAGUGCAAUUUCUUUUAAAAGUCACUUCUUCACUCUUCUCUUUCAGUUCAAUUCCGCUGAGAAUGCACAGCUUUGAUUGUUUUAUCGAUUAUAUUUAUGUAUCUUUAAAAGAACUACAGCAUCCACAGUUACUCAUCCCACCCUGUUCUUUACCAACUGUUCUUUAGCAAUUCACAGCAAAGCACCAGUCAUUCAAUUGGUGAUUAGCGUGUUGUUGGAGGAAAGUGACAAAUUCACUCCUGGGUGGCUGAUAGGGGAUUUAUGUGAAGAAAAUGGCACAAACUGUCUGUAUUUACGGAGUUAAUUUUUUUAGAAACUUGAUAAACGCUGUUAUUUUAAGCCCAAAUAUUUAGGAAAAGUCAUGGAAGGAGGAGCAUAUUGUUUGCAGAGUCAGAGUAAUUUUAAUCUUACGGAUUCAUCUGAAAAACUUCAGCACACUGCUAAAAUGAAUUAGAGAAAUAUUGUUUCUCACCAUCCUCAUUUCUUUGUUGCUGUUGCUGUUUUGUUUUUUUUUGUACUUAUCAUAUAAUCUGUGGGGGCUUGUGGAAGGUCAUUCAGAACCUCGGAGGGCCUUGUACCUUGUCACUCCCAUGGCUCUGCUUCUCUGACCCAGUUUACCAGAAACAAGAUGCCAGUCCAGGCUCCUCAUUUAUCGACCCUUUCAACUGUCAUUAAAAAUCAUCCUAUCGCUUCAUUUUGUACCUGGAUCAUCUCAGUCGAUAAGUCAUUUCUGUAAAGGGUCCAUUUGCAGGUUUUAUCCACAGAAGAUUCCAUGUGAAGAGAUUUCUACUUUUCUAUUACUUCAUUCAGUUCAACAGGAAUUCCCAUUGAAGCAAAUUAAAUAUUACCAUUUCACAAUAAUUCCUUAAAUUCAUUCAGUAAUGAAUUUAAGCAAUUAAAUAUAGAAACCAGUACAUAACUGGUAUUUUAAAUCAUUUUAAUAUUCACUUUUUUCAAGAAAGGAACUGAACAAAUUCCAGUGCUGUUUCUCUACAACUUUAACUGCUUCACCAUAAUCUCCAUGUCCACUUUCAUGUUUUUCAUUAAAUUAGCUAAAACCUCAAAAUCAUGAAAUCCCAUUUUAUGAAACACUUUUUUCAAAACCAUGAAAUCCCAUUUUACGGAACAUUUUCCCCCCUAUCCUGUUUUGAUUCAUUACUCUACAUCUCUGGAACACUACAGUUUCUGCCUGCACACUCUGACACACUCAUCUGUAAUUCUUACACACUUUAUGCCACACAGUCCUAUAGGAGAGGCCGAUCAGAGGAGACCAAUAUCUUUCACUGAUGACAACUGGUAUAGUCCGCAGGUGCCUGUUGUGUAGUUAGGAAGAGGUAUAGCAGCAGUACUGCUGGGAAGCUUGCUAACUGAAACCGCACCCCGGCCCUGGUGGUACUGUACACAUCCAGUCCACUCCCACCACUGCGGAUUCCCACUCUUCCUAUCCCGUUUAUAUUUUGGUACGAAGGAAUUAUCAGUUUAUCUACCUGGUUUUCUGUGAUGUUAAUCUUUGGUGAAACACACUGCUUGUGCUGUCUUUGUGUGUAGUGGAUGUCUGUUGAGAUGGAUUGUUUGUUCAAGGGAAGCCUUUUUACAUCUCUCAGUUUUUCCCACUGUCCUGAUUCUCCAGUCAAAUCCAUUAAGCUAAUGUGAUCAUUUGCCCAAUUGCACAAAUCCAUUAUGACUGAUCUCUCUUUAUCUGAUUAAUCAUUGCUUAAUCACGUUUAAUUACCUUAAUAUACAGUAUGCACAACUAGACUAAUUUGGCUAUAUUACAGGCUAAUUCAGACUGGCCCCUAGUCAUUGCACACGCGAUACUGUGUAAGUGUUAUAAGAGUACAAAAGUAACUUUGUGUUGAAUAUUUUCCAUUUCGGAAGUACUGUGGAACAGGACAUGCAUGGUACUGCCUUAGUAGCCACACAUGUAAUUAUACAGGUAGAAGGCCAUAGUAAAAUGGUACUGAAUUGAUCAAAAUAUUUUUUAUUACUCAGCUGCUUGGCUUUUAACUCCCAAGUGUUUGAAAUGAAGGAGAAAAAUAUGUUUGGAAUGAAAUUACAGCCUGUGGACAAGAUUUUUCAUUUUAAUUUGAGUU